AUGACCCUUACGUGGACGGGCACUUCAUUUAGCUUCACAGUCGAGUGGCCAAAGUACAGGUUGCGAUGUGACGAACGACGGUCGAAGAUAGAAUUACAUCUGAGUAAAGUGUUCAACGGGCAACAUUCAAAUUUUCUGAUCGUUACAAAAGAAAAUUUACAACACAUCACUUUAGUCAUCAAUUUAAUUCGUUUAAGGUCAUCAAAACGGUUCGGUUUAUGA